AUGGUGUAUCCGGCGCGUGUUGCAUCCUCGUCGGUCGCUCCGGCGAUGGACAGCGACAUGGCGUUGGCCGAGAUGGAGCUCUUGGAGCAGAACCAAAAGCGGCUCGCGAAUCUGACCGGGCGCAUGACCACGAUUUUGAACGGCUUCGACCGCCGCCUGGUGAAGCUCGAGAGCAGUAUCCUUCCGAUCCACCGCAGCACGCAACAGCUCAGUCAUAUCAGCUCGAACAUUGAGUCGACACAACAGGAGCUCAGUCGGAGUCUGCAGCACUACGGUGUAGUGGUCGACGAGGAGCCGCUGAUCCUCCGCGGCCCGAAUCCCCGCGAUCCGUGGCCCUAUUUGGAGGCGAUCCAGCGCGUGGCCCAAGGCAUCGUCCAGACCAGGGCGGGCGAGCUGAAAAAUCCCGAGCAGGUCGUGAGCAAGAUGGAGACGCUGCGCGACCUCGGCGCAGGCAACGUCGCCGAGCUCGUUCGGGAGUAUACCUCGACGGAAUCGCGACCGAUCGACCUGCGCGCCUAUCUCGACCAGCAGCACGGAUUGCCUACGCUCUCGAGCGAGUGCCUGACCUCGAUCAAGGCUUUGCUGCAGUUCCUCUCGACGCUCGAGCACGGCGCUCGUCGCGCCGAGUCGCCGUUUCACCUCGCCCUGGCGUCUUAUGCACAGGUGCGCAGCGCAUACUGCAGCGCGUGCCUUGCGCCGCUCGUCGAGCAGAUCACCGGCGUGGCGAACGUGGUACAGGACCCGUCCGUUCACGCGCCACGCGAGGCGCUGGUCGAGUACAAGCGCGGCUCGGCGGGCUUUUACAACUGGCUGCAAGGCAUGCUGGGCAUGCUCCAGAAUGAGCGCGCAAUCGCCGCAGCCCUCUUUGAGGGCAUGAGCUGGCAGAAUGUCGAAACACAUACCUUUACGAGCGUCGUACAGCCGCUCGUCACGUCGGUCAGCGCGCUCCUGCCGACGCUCCUGCCGCGGCUGCAGCACGGCCUCAACGCGCACCGCUUCUUUGUGCUGGACUUUUUGGGGGCGGGCAGUGCGGUGCUAGGGCCGGACGGACAGCGCUGGAGCAGCGCGCUGAAGAGCACGCAGCUUCCGUUAGACCUGCCGACGGCCAUGGUCCAGACGCGCCAGGACGCGGUGCAGUUCUUCCCCGAAGUCUUGCGCGAUAUCAAGGUGAUCCCCGUGCAGCGCGAGCAUGACGUGCUCCAUGUGGACGUCAGCGACAUUGCGCGGCUCGGCGUGCAGCUCCUGCGCGGUAUGGCCGAGUACCAGGACGUGCUCCUCGGCCUGCUCCAGACGCUCCCCGCCAAGAACUGGAGCGAUAGCGAGUCCGCGGCGCGGACCACGCAGAGCACCGGCGCGGACGGACUCUACUCGGACUAUAUCUUUGACGUGCUCGCGUCGAUCGUCUCUUCGCUCGAGCGCUCGGUCGCGGCGGUGCCCCAGGCGACGGUCGCAGCAAUCUUUUUGCUGAACAACACCUCGUACCUGCAGCAAGAGGUGAGCCAGAUGCACGGCAUUCUGCCGCCUGCGGCCGCCGCCUCGAUCGACCAGCUGCUUAAGCAGGCGCUGCGCUCCGCCCGCACGUCCUACUUGGAGUCGUGGAACAAUGUGGUCAACUCGCUCGUGGACGACGGGCCGUCGCUCUCCCGCGCCGGCACGAUCGGCAAGCUGGGCGUGCUGAGCAACAACGAGCGCAACCGCGACACGACCGCGCGCUUCUUUGAGCAGAUCAGCGAGAAGGAGCGCAUUCACCGGACGCAGCCGCUGCUGCGCAGCAACCGUGCGCUGCUCGAGUCGCUCCGCGACGACGUCGUUCGCGUUGACGGCGCGCCUGUGGCGCAUGCCACGAGCCACGGCCACCAGCGGCACGGGCACCAUACCCACGGUGGGCAGGUCGUCUCCGAGAAUGCGGCGGUCAUGACGCGGUCGAAGCAUGCGUCGAAAUCCAAGUCUGCGCCGGGCGUCAUGUCCCCGCAGAACAAACUGUUCCCGCUGAUGAUCGUGGUCAUUGUUCUCGCUUGCCUGAUCGGCACGGCCUCGCUUGCGCUGCUGGCACGGUGCCUUUUGCGCCGCAAGCCGGGCCAGGACGAGCCGGAGGAGGCGAUGCCUGAGAAGCGCGAGGCGACGCUGCGCCACGCACAGUCGUACGAGUCGAAUGCGACCCUGUUCGACCCCGACUUCUCCGAGAAGCCCAAGGUGCCGCUCGCGCGCCCGGUCAUGUCGAGCGUCUCGCGCGGGACACACGGCCGCUUCGGCUCGAUGAGCUCGAUGGCGCUCUUUGACCCCGACUACCGCGUCGCUCCAGGCGUGCCGGACAAGUGCGAGCACACCGCCGAGCUGCGCGAAAAGGUCAUGCAGUCACGCGCAUCGAACUACAGCACCGACUCGGGAUCGACUGUCUACUCUAUGCAUGCUCAGGUUACGCCGGAAGAGGCCGCGAGCGUGCGCCAAAACGACCUUGGCGAGCCGUGCCUCACGCGGGGGGCGCAGGGAUGGAACAUCCACGCCGAGCACGAGAUGGACGGCAUCGAGGACGUCUCGCUCGACGGACCGCCCCGCCCGGUGAGGGCCUAA